AUGGAUUUUCGAGAUCCCGUAGAAUCGACGAGUUUUAAAUUGAAAACUCCUGGACACGAUCCUGAAGAGGAAGAAAAAAUGAAGGAGAAGGAAGUAGAUAAGGUGAAGGAGGAGAAAGAAGAAAAGGUAGAGAAAGAGGAGGAGGAAGAGAUAGUUAAAGUGAUGGAGGAGGAAGAGGAAGAAAAGGUGGAGGAGGAAGAGGAAGAAAAGGGGAGACAGGCCAGGCAGGGGAGAGAGCGAGGCAGGCCAGGGAGAGAGCAAGGAGUCAGGCCAGGAGGUCAGGCACUUCAGAGGCGGCCCGACACUGCACUGUCUCCACUGGUACUGUUCUACUUGUCUAAGGGUUCAGUUUAA